GCGCUGUUUGCUGCUGCACGAUGCUACCACCUAAUGGUCGACAUACCAAGCAUAUAUGAAUACGAAUAAUAAGAAUAAUGAAGUAUAAAGAACAAACGCCUAGCAGAAAAGGAAGCAGUUUGUGCUGCUGUGCCUGCCGGCCGCCUGAGAAGCUGAUAUGGACUGGCACAUGCAGCAUGCUGCUGGCUGGCACUAUCACCAUGGCAACACUCACUAGGUCAUUCCAGAUGAGCUGUAAUAACAUCUGCCUGACCCAGUGACUUCAAGGUGCAUUCUGCACAUUAUACUUGCCUGCUAGAUAUUACUAGAAAACCAUGCCUGCACAUUCAGGGUUUGGAUUGACAUGGCCUUUGAAAAAACACCCUCUCAACCAUCCACACACAUGCUGCAUCUCCAUGGAGCUUGGAUUAAUAACACCUGAUUGUACAUGUUCGCCUUUGGCUCCCUUCAUGCAGAUUAAUGGGGUUAAUUAAAGUGAAAUAAUUUGAAAAGACAAAGAACAAACAUUGUGAGGUUGCUCUGUUGUUAAAGGGCCAGUGACUGAGGAAAAUGUGUCUGAUUUGCAAGCCCAUAAAUAAAUAAUACAUACAAGCCUAAUACAUCCAUGUGUUGAUAUUAAAGCUUUGUUAGAAAUAAAGCAAUGUUUUGGAUGUUGCAGGAUCCCUGGUGAUUCACCAACCCUUGACACAACAUUGGCCAAUGAUAUUUUUGAACACCAGUAAUGUUAGUGCACCAGUUCUCCUGCUCCCAUGUUGAGAGAACUCGGGAUAGAAGUGCAUUGUCCCCAUAUCGCAGAGCAUGUUGUCCAGAGGGGGGCGCCAAACAGCUGAAGGCAUCUGGCUUUAUUUAAACAGGGAAGGAGACAAGUUUAUGGUGACAUCCAGCAAAUUACGAAAACGAAGACUUGCCAGAAUGCUGAUUCAUUUUUGGAGUACGGCCAUAUCUAUUCAAACCCAGAUCUGAGGCUGGCGGUUCUGAUUAAUUUAAAUGGAAACAGCCCCACCGAAGGUUUCUGUAGGAGACCAAGUGCUUUCAGUGGGUGUCUGUCUUGCGUGUGUGCGUACCGGUUGUUUUUUCUGAGCCGUUGGACUGACGCACGGAUACUGCAGCAGAACUGCAGGGGCCUGGACGCUAACCUGGAGGACAUGAGGACCCAGUGGUUCCCCCACCCCUAAGCUCCAGACCCCACUGCUGCUGCACAUUCUGCUGAGCUGAGCAGAGCUCCCAGAGGCCGAUAGGAUGCUGACAGCUCGCGAUGGAGCUCGAGAUGAAGCUCAGAAGCUGCACAGGAAAUGGAUGAAGCACCAGGCCUUCAUGGCCGAACUGGCCCGUAACAAAGAAUGGCUCGCCAAGAUCGAACAGGAGGGCGAGGAGCUGAUCCAGGAACAGCCCGAGUUGCGAUCAGUAGUGGAGAUGAAGUUGAAGGAAAUCAGAGAGUGCUGGUCUCACCUGGAGAACACCACCAAAGUCAAGGCCCGCCAGCUGUUUGAAACGCAGAACCACCGCACUAUCGACCUGCCCACUAACACCCUCAGCGACCUGGACCAGCAUCUCACCGCCAUACAGGAGCAGCCGCCCACACUAGGCUCCACCCACAGCACCCAACCCACCCUCCUUCAGCCGCGCCCCACUUUCAGCCAGCAACUCCAGAGGAUACAAUCAAUGGAAGCCCAGAUGCAGCUUUAUCAAGGUGUUGGUGAAGUCAGGGCUGGUGCUGAUCACCGGAGACAAGAAAGAGAAGAGCAAGUAGGUGUGACGGAGACCCGAAUUGUGCGUCUUAUCGAGCCUCUGAAGGAAAGGAGGCGGAUACUUCUCGCCUCAAAAGAAUUGCACCAAGUCACCCAGGACCUGGAGGAUGAGAUUGUAUGGAUUCAGGAUCGGUUACUUUUGGCCUCAUCUACAGAAUAUGGGACCAAUCUGCAGAGUGUCCAACAUUUAAUCAUUAACCAUAAGGCACUGCAGACGGAGAUGCAGGCUCAGAGGGGGCGGGUCGAGGAGGUGCUGGAAAGGGCGGAGGCCAUUGCCGCCCUGCGGACCCCAGAGGUGGAGCUUGUGCGUGAAGGGGCGGGGCAUGUGAGGCAGCUGUGGGAGGUGCUCCAGGUAGAGAUGGAACGUCGCACAGUGAUGCUGGAUGCCGUGAACCAUGCCCAGCAGUACUACACCCAGGCAGCGAAGGCAGAGUCUUGGCUCAGUGGACAGAAACUUCAGGUCCUUAAUGAGGAGAAAGGAAACGCUCUGCAGAGCAGCUUUACUCAGUUCUCCACUGAGACACGUGCAGUCGGCCAGAAACAGAUGGAUUCAGUCAAUAAGAUGGUGAAUGAGAUGAUUGACUGCAGUCACUCUGAUGCUGCCACCAUUGCAGAGUGGAAAGAUGGGCUGAAUGAGUCCUGGGCGGAUCUUCUGGAGCUCAUGGAGACUAGAGCGCAGAUGCUUGCAGCCUCGUACCAGCUACACAAGUUCUUCACCGACUGUCAGGAGGUGCUGGUCCAGAUUGAAGGAAAGAUGAGACAGCUGCCAGAGGUGAGGUCAUGUCAGGUGAGCUCGGCCAACCCUGGCACACUGCAGAGACUCCUGCACUCUUUUGAGCACUCCCUGCAGCUGCUGGUCUCACAGGUACGCCAACUGCAAGAAAACGCAGUUCAGCUGCGUGCGAUUUAUGCCGGAGAGAAGGCAGAUGCCAUUUUGUCCCGUGAGCAGGAAGUGAUGCAGGCCUGGAAAGAGCUCCUUGUUGCAUGUGAGGGCAGCCGUGUGCAGAUCACCACAGUAACCGAUAAGAUCCAGUUCUUCGCUGUGGUCCGGGAACUGAACAUGUGGAUGGAUGGAAUAAUGGGACAGAUUGGCUCGACUAAUGAUGCCAGGCGUGGGUCUUGGUGUUGGGCGGCGGGUCCUUGUGUACGUGUCAGGGACCUCUCUGUGCUGGAUGGCAUGAUGUCCCAACAUCAGAAUCUGAAGAGUAAGAUAGAUAACAAGAGCAAAAACUUUGUGCAUUGCGUGGAGAUGGGAAAGAUGCUGCUCGCUGCACGCAACCCUGCAGCUGAAGAGGUAAAGGAGAAGCUGGAGUAUAUCAUGGCAAAGCAGAAAGAUCUGAAUGAGCGAUGGGAACAGCACUGGGAGAAGCUUCAGCAAGCCCAGCAGAGGCUGCAGUCCAACCAGCCGGGAUCGGCAGAGCAGUCCUGGCUCACAAUCAAGGAACCAAUCACUCCAAAUACCCGUGAGGCAGGUGGCGGGACAGACGAGGUGGAGGAGCUGAUUCGCCGGCAUGAAGCAUUCCGGAAGGCCGCGUCCACGUGGAAGGAUCAUUUCAGCUCGUUACGCCAGGCAGAGAAAAUGAAGGAGGAACUGAACAAGCAGCCGUCUACCUCCUCUCUCCUCAGCAGGCAGAUGUUCCCUCUCUCCUGUCUUGUGCCCAGCUCCUCUUCCUCGUCUUCAUCCUCCUCUCUCUUCCGUAACCCUCUUCAGGACUCAUUUCUGGAGUCCAAGCCCGGGCCGGACUUCAUGCACACCACAGAACACACCAUGGUGAACACACUCGCUCAGCGGCUCGGCUCCACCCUGAACCCUUACACGCCCGUCAUGAACGGCUCCUCGUACCACGGGCUGAACCAGCCAUCAGGGGCCAUGGCGGAGGGUCUUUCCUACCAUGGGCUAAAACAACAAAUUGUUUCAGGGUUGGAUAAUUCUAGCUAUCAGGGGUUAAACCAACAAGUUGGUGUCUUGGGGGUGAACAGCUCCAGCUACACUGGACUUAACCAACAGGGUGUUUUAGCAGAAGACAGCUCCAGCUACCACAGCCUAAACCAUUUAGGUGCUGUGGGGGUGGGAGUGGAGCCCAAAAUGGGAUAUGCUUGGCAGCACCUGAAAGCUGAUUGCUUUCAGCCCAAAAUCAACCACAUUCACAAAGCUGUUCCACCUUUACUGGAGGCGCACCGAGCCCAGCUCGCCGGUGGAGCAGCAAACAUGCCAGCUCCUCCUAUGGGCCUGGACCCCUCCCUGGAGAUGAUCCACAGCCGGUUACAGAGAGACCCUCGCGGGAGCCGAUCUGACCCGCAAAUGGAUCACUUGAGGCGGGAGAGAGAGUACCGGCUUGGCCGACAGACCUCCAGCGAGCAGGAGAUCCAGGCACGACUUAACGAGCUCCCGCUGAUUGUAAGGCAGGAACGCUACCGUCGAAGAAUGGAGAGACAGUCGUCUAGUGAGCAGGAGGGCAGCGGUAAGCAGAGAGUACAGAAACAUGACUCCAGCGAUGCAGAAUCUGGAAAAGAGCCAUCUGACAAGAGACCAUCUGGGGAGAAGCGUUCCACUAUGGCUGAGAUUGUUGAGCAAGUGCAGGAGAAAGAAGCUUGUCAAGCGAGAGGAGAGGUGUACAGACCCUCCAGCAGCCUCUCUGCACCAGUGAGCCGUCUGGAUCGCCCUCGAGCUCGAGACCGCCCCAAACCACGACGAAGACCUCGUCCAAAAGAGCCUGAGGAGCCACGUAGGUCCCGUUCUGCACCUGCUCAGAGCGUCCCAUCCACACCUCAGCCUCCUGCCCACACCGUUCAACAUGAGGGCUUCCUGUACAGGAAACACGAAGAGGAGGGGAAAGAGAGAAGCCCAAAUAGCAAGUCGUGGGUAAAUCUGUUCUGCGUGCUCAAACAAGGGGAGAUCGGUUUCUACAAGGAUUCCCGACACAAAACAACACCCUACAACGAUGAGCCACUUCUCAACUUGGCCAUCUGCGAAUUUGACACUACCAACGGAUAUAAAAAGAAGAAGAAUGUCUUCAUUCUCAGGACCACUGCUGAAGGGGACUACAUCUUCCUGGCUAAGGAUGAGGAGGAUCUCAAAGGUUGGGUCAACAGCAUCAACGCUAGCCUGAAGGAGAUCGAAGAAAUUGCCAAGUGGGAGAAAGCCACAAACUCCUUCACCGACCCCGACAAAUCAGAGCGGAAGGAGCGUUCUGAAGGGGCGGAGCCAUCUGAGGGGGCGGAGAGAUCAGAGAGGUCAGAGAAGUCUGAGCGUUCAGACCGAUCGGAUAAAAUAGAGGCAUCGGACAAAAGCUCAGAAAAGAGGGACACAUCCGAGAAGGAGAGAGGAGAUAGAGCUGAAAGAGGAGAGAGGGGAGAACGAGGAGACCGGGGUUCCAGGGGUUCCAGCACUUCGGGAAAAAGCAAAUGACUCAUCUCUCCACACCUUUAUUUACUCCUCCAUCCCUCCAUCUUUCCAGUGAGAAGACAGGACUUGCAUUUCUCUGUCUCUGUCGCUCUGUUUGUCCUGACAGCCUGAUUUCAGGACCGACGUAUUUAAUGUGUCGAUGUGCGUCUGUGUGCGUGUGCCAAUGUGUUGAAGAGAUUGUCUGUGAAAGAAUACGAAAUGAACAGUAUAAGGCCGUAUCCCAGCAUCAGAGGGCCAGUUCAGCCGCCCUGCUCGACUCUCACAGAAAAGGCACUUUAGAUUAUUGAGGAUGACCCUUAAUAUUUUAGAAGCGUUUUCUCGAAGCAAUAUACUGUACGUAGUAGCCGAUGCCGCUCGUUUUAGCUGCUCUGCUCUUCCAAGCGAGUGCGAGAGAGAGAGAGAGAGAGAGAGAGAAAGUGACAGAGAAGUCUUUCAGAGAGAAAUCUGGUGCGGUAGUAGGGUAGAAGUAGUUCCUCCUGAUCGACAUCCUUGCACAGCCCCACACAUGCAUACGCACACGCACUGUGCAUCAUGGGAAAAUGUUUGCUAUGGAACACCAUUCUCUCACCCGAGGCCGUACACGUCUUCCACCUGCUGCUUGUAGUAAUGGUUUUUAAUCAUGCGAGACGCUUCACAGUACUCUGGUCAGUCCAAAUUACACUCGAUGAAGAGUCUCGAUCACAAAAUGUGAAUAUAAUGUGGCAGUGUGUGUGUGAAUAGAGCUCCAUCCAGAAGGAAAUCAAAUGUACUAUGUAUAAUCUCAUUGAUUGUAUUUAUUAGGUUAUCACGAUACAAAUUUAAAGUGUGAGGUUAUUCUUCCCUGAGCUAAGAGGAAGUACGAUCAAACACCCCCGUACGUGUACAAAAAUGCUGCUUUUUAUCAUCUCUGCCCCCUUACAUCAUUCUUUGAUUGUAAAAUGAUUAGUACACAUAAAAUAGGGUGUCUGUGACUUUGUCAUGCUAUAAAGAAAAAGAUUGUAUAUAUAUAUAUAUUUGUAUAUAUACUAGUAAACGAGAUUUACGUCUAUGAGCCGCAGCGUCUAAUUACAAAAAAAAAUAUCAUUUUUAUCAAUGUAUGAAAAUGUAAUAAGUAAAAAAAAAAAAGUUGUUUAAAGUGCCCCUGGCUGAAUUCAGACAGAAAACAUGCGCGUUAGCCGCCUUUUUCGGGAUCUCUUGUAUACGGGAAUGCAACUUUUACUGUUUACGGUUAUGUUUUGGCCAGGGCAAAAGAUCAGGAUCCUUGUAAAAAGAAAUCACCAUUAAAACCCUCAUCAGAGACUGUUUUGUGUUUAGUUUAAAGAAAACUGUCUCUUGACAGCUGUUGCAAUUCCUAUGACAAAGACAAUGAUUUCCCCCUUAAAAUAUAUAGGUGCAAAUUAUAUUUACACAGAUGUGAUACAAAUAAAAAUAUCAGAGUAAACCAGAAUCGUUCAUUUAAAAGAAAAACUGUUUUUCCACUUAUUUGUAACGAUGGUCCUAAUGCUUUAAUUUACAUUGUAAAUCACAUUGGUGAGGUCAAGCUCUGUUUUCACCGCACAAACGUCUUUUCUGAGUUCAAACUCCGACUGGCCUCAUUGUCUAUGCAACAGCAAAUAUCAGCGCCAUACAACAACCAAUUUCUGAAACUGAGAUUAAACCGUGUGGAAACUAGUCCUUACCUAAAUCUGUGAAUAAUCACAUUUGUAAUAAUCCAACACAAAUCUACAAAUCUCUGCUUGGAAGAUCAAUAACAUUAGGACUCGUCUAAUGUGUCAGUUUUUUCUCUCUGUGGGUGCCUUAUGAAUGCAUGUUAUAAGGAGAUGUGGACACCACCUCCAUUAUUGUAUUCGGUAUGUUCUGAAUAAAACACUCAUGACAAAAAACAUUGCUUAAAGACACACUUGACCCCUGAUCAGCUCCAGUAAAACAUGCAAUAUUGAUCUGCAUUUUAAAUACAGCUGAGCUGAUCGUGUGCGCUUGCUUUCAGAAAUAAGUGAGUUCCUGCUGUCACAGAACACAUACCCUAUGACGACAGAAAACAGUCGCACACCCUUCAGUCAGGCUUAGGGUCAAAUCUGCUACUGAGUGGAUAUGUAUUUGGUCAUUGUCAUAGAAACUGCAUAACUAGAGACUAAGCUUGUUUUGCACUGCGUAUCGGUGUCUGAUAAAUGUAACUGAGGGGGAAUGAAUGUCUGUUAGCAAAUUGUUGCUAUGUAUGUCGCUGUCUUGCUGAAGCAACUUCACUCCUAUCAACCAGGUUACCAACUCUCCCCCUCCCAAAGCAUUAAAUAACAAUUUGGACUUAUUUUACUUAACUUUUUGACUCUUCUACAUAUCCAACAUUUGUUUCAGAGUGACCUUGACUAUGGUCUGCCUGCAAAAAGCACAAUUUCUCCCUGAACAACAAUCUGGAGUAUUAGA